AUGACGAUGAUGACGGCUUCGUCAGCCGGCAAUGCCUCACUAGAACCCAGGACCGUCAAUGUCGAUCGUCUGCGCCAGCUCCGCAACUCCGUAAUCGGGAGCCGUACGAAGAAGUCCGAGGUCGUGGCGCAGGGAAAAGUGCCGGCCCUCGUGCGGAUUUUGUCGACGCCCUUGGAGGACAGAAGCGAUGGGGCCGAAAUCAAGAGUCUGGCCGCGACCAUUAUCGGUUCUUUGGCCCAUGAUGCCCCUCCUCCGACGCUCCUGUCGCUCUGUCGGGCCAAUGCCACGCAGUCGAUCCUAGACGCCCUCUCUCAGCUCGCUAGUGCUCCAUCGACGGCAGACCCCCUCGAAGGGCAAACAGCAGCAGAAACGGCCACCAGCUCGGAAAGCCGCCUGUCUUCCGACGAUCUCAAGCUCAUUGAAUCUUAUCUCCGCGCACUGCGCUCUCUGGUCGUCGCACUGGCCGAUGAAGUGUCUCCGGGAAGCCGCUGGCAGCGCUUGCCAGGCGUAGGCUACCGAUACAAUCAAGCAAUCAUGCAGAGCCUUGCGGACCAGAAUGGUAGUUCGUCAGGGCUGCACGCUUCAGUGCUGGGAAAGAGCUCGAGGGAGGUCAUUGGGUGGCAUAUUGCCGACGCAGGAUUCCCACAAAAAGGCAUGCAUACCGCGACAAAGAGCGCGGCAAAGAAGCAGAGAGGGGACGGGGAUGGCGAUCUGAAGAUGAACUCGGCCUCUUCGUCAGAUUUGCGAAGGGAUGCUGCGAGGGACAAGGAGCACGAAUGGAGAUCCGAAGAAGAGCAAGCGUUUAAUUCGCCUCACGCUGAACUCGUCUGGCUCGCCCGGAAAGCCAUCGCUGCUGCCUUCGCGUCGCACAACCUGCCCCUUUGGCUCGGCACGCUGUUCGUUGCUCGGCUUCCUGUUUCAUCGUUCAAAGCACCAGCAUGGACGACGAAGAGCCGUGGUGGAAGCCGGCCAGGGACGAGGCCUGGCAGCCCGGGGAGACCAGGCGCAACAGCCUCGAACAGCCGACCUGGAUCUAGCAGGGGAGCCGAAUCGUCGCCCGCUGUUGGCCUACCAGCUCAUUCGAACCAGGUCAAGGUCUUGGCCAUCACCGAGAUGGUCUCUGGGGUCCUCUCUUCUGGCUUGUGCAUCGCUUCUACCGAUGUCGAUGCGGCAGAAGCCCUUUCCUCGUCCACUCAGGACUACACGCCGGUCCUCAUCCUAUCUCAGCGCCGGAGGGCAGUGCUCGAAUUCACCGCUGAUCAGUCACCUUUCUGGGCAGGGCGGUCAGCCACAACAGUUCCCGCCCGUGCUGCUCUCCACCACGAGGACGCAUUCUUCGCUGCUAAUGACGAAGCAGAACGCGGGCGAGACGGAGCAGGUCUAGCGACGCAGGCUAGCUUCGUGAAGCGCGGAAAGAGCUCUGAGAAUCACGCCCAGGGAGUUGCGAUGGACGAGGGAGACGACCAGGCCUUUGCCAACCUCGUCGAUGCGCAUAGGGGCGCACUGGAUGUGCUCCUCGAAGCAACCGAAUGUGGCUAUGCAAAGACUCAGGAGGCCGCCCUGUGGGCAUUGACGGAUCUGUCGAGGGAAAACACAGAGACGAGCGCAAAGCUCUUCAACUGUCUGACUCCUUCGGGCCUGAUCCCGACGUCGAUGCUUCUCAAUCUCAGGAAAGACCCAUCUGCCUCGGUCCGUCUUGCUGCCUUUUGCUGUUUGGCGCAUAUCAUAAAAGUACACCCAUUCACCCCAAAAACCAACGAGUGCGUCCUCGCCGUCCUUGUCGAGCUGCUCGAUUAUCCCAGCGAGAUACAAGCGACGGCAGCAUUUGCACUGGCACGCCUCGUGGCCGACGACUCCGAGCUACAAGCGCUGGCUUGUGAGCAGUAUGACUGCAUCGCAAAGCUGGCGGCGCUGCUGGACAAGAGCAAGAACGCAGCCACGGCUCUGCCGCCCGAUUCACCACUGGAAGCGCAGCAGAAGGCGGCUCUGGUCGACGAGCAGCUGAUCCGGCUGCGCGAGGCUUCUCUGGUAGCGUUUGCUGCGCUCAGCUUCCAACGCGAUGAGAUACGUCGCAAGAUUGUCGACCACACGGCGCCUUCUCUGCUCCCCAUUGUUGUUUCGUCGUUGACGGCGUCGCAUUUGGGCGUCCGCGUAGCCGCUUGCCGUCUGGUGCGAGCCCUUUCACGGAGCAUCUCGAUCUUGCGUACCUCGCUCGUCGAUGCCGGCGUGGCGAGCAAGCUGCUCGACAUUAUCAAAACCGGGCCGGUUGAGGAAGGAUUCGAGAUCAAGAGUGAGGCAACUGCGUCGCUGUGCAACCUCGUCGUCAAAUUCAGUCCCAUGAAGCAAUUCCUUGUCGAAAGCGGGGGAAUCAACGACUUGCUCGCGCUCUGCAGCUCUCCGGAUGCAGGCCUGCGGCUAAAUGCGCUCUGGGCCAUCAAGAAUAUCCUCUACUGCGCCGAUACGGAGACCAAGCGGUCGGUGACACAAGGAUUUGACUGGGACCGGCUCAAGGUCAUGUGCCGGGAUGUCGAAGCAGGUACACUCGCAAUUCAGGAGCAAGCGCUCAAUAUUGUCCGCAACCUGGCGUCGUCGAACCCGGUCGACAUCGACCUGACUAUUCAGGGUAUGGGUGGGGCAGAUGAGCUCUUCUCACUGAUCGAAGACGUCGUGUGGCACAGGCCCAGCGACGCAGCUCUCGAACAAGUCGCAUACAUUCUUGUCAACCUGGCCACGGGUACAGAAGAGCAUCGCCGCAUGUUGCUUGCUCGGCCUAAUCUCUUGGACGCCACUGUCUUUUUCUUAAACCACCCAAAAGUCGAGAUUCGAGUAGCAGGUGUUUGGGUUGCAUCGAAUCUGACGCAACCCACCCGGCCUGCGUCGUCUGCCAAUCCGACCAGCUCCCCCUCCGUUGCCACGGCAACGCCCAACCCUACCGCUCCGGGCAACGCGCCUGCUGUUUUACCGUCGCUGGACGUGUGCAGCGAGGCCAUUGUCCGGCUCAAGUCAUUUGGAUUCGACACAAGGCUUCGUACCCUCAUCGACGAUCCAGAGAGGGACGUCUCGGAUCGGGCGUUGUCCUUGCUCACCCGGUUUGAAUGA